AUGCAGCUCGACGAUAGAGCCGUUGAUGCCGUCAAGACAAAGUUCUUUAAGAACUACAAGAACUGGUGCAAAUUUUUAGGACGUAAACAUAGUUUAAGGUACCAGAUGGCUUAUGAACUCCAUUGUCUCCUGGCUGGAAAUGUCAGCAUCGUUACUGGAAAAAAUAUCAAGCCUUCUUACGGUGGAGAUGAUGAGGCCUUUCUGCUGAAAAGUAAGAAUUCCACUGGCAAGGCCGCUCACUCAGAUUGGUCCAACUAUGAUGAUCUGUAUGAAUAUUUUUGGUCUCCGGAUUGCCUCUAUCUCGGCUGGCCAAUGCGUGAUGAUGGAGAUCUCUCUCCAGUAUCUUCAUUACAGCAGCUUUUCUACGCUUCCUCCAGAGUAUCUUGGAUAUUAUCUUAAACUUCCCGGGUUUCCACAGAUGGAAAUUUACUGAAAUUUUGAGAAAUAUUCUCAAGAUCGCUGUAAGUCUCGCUUGGUGUGUAGUCUUACCGCUUUGCGAUGCCCAGUCCAAUUCUUCUGCUCCUGGGAUGCUGAAGCAAUGGAUAUCAUUCCUUCCACGAGACGUUAAAGGGGUUCCCCCGCUCCAUAUCUUGGUUGUCGCUCUUUGCUUGCUCCCAAAUGUGCUGACGGCUAUCAUGUUCAUUUUCCCUAUGCUUCGACGCUGGAUUGAGAAUUCAGACUGGCAUAUAAUUAGAUUGCAUGUGUGGUGGUCACAGGUAUGAUGCUGGAUUUAUAAUUCCUUUCUUUUCAUCCUGGAUGAAAAUUAUGAUUCUGUUUAGUCAGCAAAUCCCUUUAGGCAUGCUAGAAGAGCUCUGAACUCUAUUAUGUCUUAUGUUUUAUAUAUUGCAGUGCUAAUGGCAUAAAUUAUUUGAGUAUUUUCUAUAUAUUUAAAUUGCAUUGUAUGAUUGUAUCUAGAGGCUAUCUCUUGGCUCAGUUUAGCAGCUCAAAUAUGACUGAACCACCACAAACCUCACCGGCUAUUCUUUUUGAUGUUUGCAACAAGAGACAAGAUUAUAUAUAUAAAAGCUCAUGCGUCCAUGGUUCUUAGUGUCUUUGUCUUUUUUAGUUUCUUUUUUUACUAGGAAACUUCUGAUAUUUGUAUGUAUUUGAUUCAUUCUUCUAGAGUGUUGUUUUUUGUCUGUCUAAAGACAUACUCUCUGGGUUAUCUCAUAAAACGAAGAGGUGUAAUAAAUUGCUCCUUAUCAACUGGACACGCACUGAAAAUACUAAAGAUUACCCAUAUUGGGAUCUAAACUAUUUUUUUCAUCCCCGGAUGCUGAAGAUUACAACGUAGGCCAAAUUGGCCAACAAGUCCACGGUGGUGCACCAGGUAUGUCCAUUCCUUACCUUACUUUACUUUCUCUACCAGUUAUGUUUUGGUAUUUACGGUUUAUUGGAUUUGUGUCGGCAACACGAGGAAAAUCUCAUCACAUUCAUGAUCCGAUGAAAGAGGUUAGGAGGAGAUAGUUCCUCCAGGCACAAAGGCUUUUCAUGUCAUGGCUACUUCCCACACUAAAGUCUGAGCCAACCAAAGCAGUGGAACCAGUACGAGGCCCCAAUACCUCUCACGGACACGAAGCUCUGCCUCAUUAUGCAGGACCCUUAGGUGUGUCGGAAAAAUAAGAAAAAGAGGCGUAGGAAAACGUAUAACACACCCGUGUCUUUACUCUCUCUGACAUGAGAUGUCACUAGAACAUUUGUUCCUGGUGACAGCUUAGAGUCAACAUCGAGAGAGACAGAGGAUUGGAGGAAAUGACGGCUGCUCGGGUCUUGGUGGGAUCUCGAAUUAUAGUCCAAAGUCACUUUUCCCACCGGAAAAA